CACACACACAAAACCACAACCUGCAGCCUCGACACCAUUUUGCUUACAAACAGCCAGGUUUAAAGGUGGAAAUUAGACUUUUUUUCCCUGCAAUGGACGGCAUCUCAAGUGAUGUUGCAGUUGGUGUAAAGAGAAGUUCAGACGAUUUGCUUUCUGGCAGUCUUUACAGCAGUGCAAACACUUCAGUUAAAGCCAAUGGAAGCGACAGCAAAAAACUGAGAGUAGAGGACGGCAUGGACAACCCGCCCUCCAGAGUCAUUCAUAUUCGUAAACUUCCGAACGAGGUUUCUGAGACAGAAGUCAUCGCCCUGGGUCUGCCAUUUGGGAAAGUCACUAAUAUCCUGAUGCUGAAAGGAAAAAAUCAGGCAUUUUUGGAGCUUGGGACAGAAGAAGCAGCGAUCACCAUGGUGAACUACUACACAGCGGUGACCCCUCAAGUACGGAAUGUUCCUGUGUGUAUCCAGUACUCCAACCACAAAGAGCUCAAAACGGACAGUGCGCUUAAUCAGCGUGCCCAGGCUGUUCUGCAGGCAGUGUGUGCUGUUCAAGAGGGGGGUUCUCCGAGUUCAGAUUCAGCAGGAGAGAGCGUGUUAAUACCACCGCCAAGUCCAGUCCUGCGCAUUAUUAUCGACAACAUGUUCUACCCUGUAACACUGGACGUCCUGCAGCAGAUUUUCUCCAAGUUUGGGACAGUGAUGAAGAUAAUCACAUUCACCAAAAAUAAUCAGUUCCAAGCUCUGCUGCAAUUCAGUGAUCCUGUGAAUGCUCAGCAGGCCAAACUGUCUCUGGAUGGACAGAACAUCUAUAAUUCGUGCUGCACACUGCGGAUCGACUUCUCUAAGCUGGUCAACUUGAACGUCAAGUACAACAACGAUAAGAGUCGAGAUUACACAAGACCCGAGCUGCCUGCAGCAGACGGCCAGCCUUCUGUAGAUCCAACUAUGGCUGCUGCACUUGGCAAGGACUCCACAUCCCUACUUGGGUCGAUCAGUCCUCUAAGCGCAGCAGCAGCGGCCGCAGCAGCAGCUGGGCGAGUCGCUCUGUCAGGACACUCAGCGGCUGGUGCAGUGCUGCUGGCCAGCAAUCUCAAUGAUGAGAUGGUUACGCCCCAAAGUCUCUUUACCCUCUUCGGUGUGUAUGGGGAUGUGCAACGAGUCAAGAUACUCUACAAUAAGAAGGACAGUGCCCUCAUCCAGAUGACAGAUGGAAACCAGGCGCAGUUAGCAAUGAGCCACCUAAAUGGGCAGAAGAUGUUUGGGAAGAUCAUCCGUGUGACUCUUUCCAAACACCAGACGGUGCAGCUUCCUCGAGAAGGCUUGGAUGAUCAAGGCCUCACUAAAGACUUCAUCAGUUCACCCCUCCACCGAUUCAAAAAACCAGGCUCAAAGAAUUUCCAGAACAUCUUCCCUCCAUCUGCCACACUCCACCUCUCCAACAUCCCUGAGAAGGUGAACGAGGAGGACCUGAGACUUCUCUUCUCCAACUCUGGAGGCACAGUGAAGGCCUUCAAGUUUUUUCAAGACCGCAAGAUGGCCCUGCUGCAAAUGGCGACAGUGGAGGAGGCCAUUCAAGCCCUGAUUGACCUCCAUAGCUAUGAUAUGGGUCGUGGCCAUCGCCUCAGAGUCUCCUUCUCAAAAUCCACCAUCUGAAAAGGCAGUGUAGCUUUGCACCCUUUUCUCAUCCUGUACUCCAAAUGGAGUGCCGAGCGAUAUUGGAGAUCAUUUUGAUCAGUCAUUCCUGAAGACCAUAUUAGAAUCACACAGGCCAGGCCCCAUUUUUUAAUCUCUUUUCCUGUUGUUACUUAUUGGUUGCUUUCACAACAAAAUGUGCCUUACUUAUAAAAACUGCAUAAUCCCCCAAACACUAACACCCAACCCACCCUUUCUCUACAGGCUAUCCUGAAGUGUAGGCACAUUCUUUUGUUCGUGUUAAGGCGUUUUUCUUAGCCUUGCUCUUGCCCCGUCACUCUGCCCUGCUGUUAUGUAGGAUUUGAAAUGUGGUCAUUUAACUUUUGCAAAACCACACUGAAGUUAAGGCUAGUUAUUAUUGGCUUGCUUUUUGUCUCGUCCAUUCAGUUUUGAAUCACCUAUCUACGAGUGACAUGAUUGGUUAAUCAGAUACCUGCUAGUACACACUUCUUGUUUAUAUACUUGUUGAGCUGACACUUUUAAUUCAGUUUAAAAUUUAAUGCUGGACAUCCUUUAUAUAUCCUCACAAACACACACACACACACACACACACACACACACACACACAGUGUGAGCAGUGUAGUAGAUAAUGCGUUACAUUUAUUAGUUGUAUAAGGGGAAGUAGGAAGGGAUUUGUGUUCAAUCAAAAAAAAAUCAACUCCUGACUUUUGGUCAAGCUAACAACCGAGUACGUUUGACCGAGGUCCAUUCAGAGUCAUCAUUAGCACUCAUUAACGAAAGCAGAAAGUUGUCUAUCAGUUUAGGUGUUGUUUAUAAUCAGAAGUGGAGUGAUCCCUAUGAACUUUGCAAUCAACUUUUACAAUGCAACUUGUCCUUGAAACAAGCCGUAGUUAAAAAGCACGGAGAAAAUCCAUUCCUUUGUUUUUGAUCUCUGGCUGUUUUCUCAUGAAAAAUAGUUUUAUUAAGGGAAUAAACUGAAUGAUUAGGUUUGUAGAUGCAAGUGGGUCUAAAGAGGACAUCUAAAAAUGAAACCUUUAAAAAAAAAAACACUGAUUUAGUUUGACUAAUUUUACCUGCCAAACACUUUCUAAUUAGCUUCUGUUAACUGUACAUCUACUCUAUUAUUCUUAAAUAGUUUCAUAAAGCACAGAAGAGCUUAGGUUGUUUUGUCCAAUGUUAUAAAAAUGCCUGAAUAAAAGAAAUGCCAUCAAAAUGACAAAUUAAAAUCUCUUAGCAGAUCAGAUCCCGACCGCUAAACGCUGUUAUAGUUUGGCACUCUUUUGUAGGUCAAACAAAAUGAAUUUCUUAAACACUUUUUUUUUUUUUUAUAAUAGCCUGUGAUUUUUAUUUAAUGCAGUUGUGUGAAUUGUGCUCAGUCAAACAGAUCUUGAAAUAAGGUUUGGUAAAAAUAAAUAAAUAAAUAAAAUUGUUCAUUGGUGAUUGACUCUGAUUGCACCUUGAACCUUUGCCAGGUUUUUUUUUUUAUUAUUAUUUAAUUGUGAAGUGUUCAAGCCAUCAGUUAAAUGUUUUGAGGCAUCUGAUUAUCGAUUAACUUUUCAAAUCGUGCUCAUCGCUAAAUCUGGGGUUUGCGGUUCAAUAUCAUGGAGUGGGUGUGUAUAUUUUCUACAUGGAUUAGUUUUUUUUUUAUUUUUUUUUUUUACAUCUACUACUCUACUACUGUAAUGUGGAUGUGAUGCGAUUAAAAAGUUUUUUUUCUACCA